AUGCCCUGGCGGCCGCUGCCUCGGAUUGCCUUUGCGGUAGCCAUCUACCCCUUUCAUCCCACCUCCCCGGCGGACCUACCCUUGGAACUGGGCGAUGAGCUAUACAUUAUUGAACAAGGAGGAGUCGAUGUCGAGUGGUGUCGGGGCUAUCUAGUCGCACCACCGUCCUUACUGGCGGGUUUGACCAGCACCAAGGGACAGACCCUCGAAGCUCGUGUUUUCUCCGGAAUUUUCCCGCGGAACUGCGUCGAGAUUCGGGAAGUUCUGGGCGACGGAGAGGGCUACAAGGCCGUGCCCAAUGGCGACCGCAGGAGCAUUGACCGAUUGACGCUACCGGGACUGGAUGGGGAUCACCUGUCCCGAAAUAGUGCAGCCUUCUCGGUGAACGAGUCGCAGGCCGGCGGCGAUGUGUCCGAUGUCGUGGUCGCAAGGAAAGGGAAACCUUCGCAGAUCCUCAUCCACAAAACGGACGAGCCCGACCUGGCUAGUCCGCGUUCAGUUCAUACCUGGCGAACUGGCUCGAUCCCGCACACCCCGGUGACCUUCACCCCGCGCGACCCGGAUGCACCCAAGCCAGCUGCCCCAGUCCCCAUGCUGAAGAUUGGCGACGAGACUCCGACAUCCCUCACAGAACCACUAGUCGAUGAGAUCGCUUCAUGUCUGCGCGAAUGGCACUCUACCAACCUGCACGAGCUGCUUCUGGCUCGGCAAUACAAUGUGCUGGAGGAAAUGUCUUCAAUUGUGCAGGAGCUGGACUUCUCGAGGCGGCAAUUACUACACAACGUGUUGACCGGCAAGGAGAAGGAGGCGCUACGGGACGAAACGGUCUGGAAGCUUGUCAAGGCCAACAAAAUGCUGAGCGGGGAUGUUAUUGUGCGCGAUCCCGAGCAGAGAGGUCGCCUGCUGACCGGUGACGACUCCGCCAUUCAAUUAGCGAAACUGCAGUCGGAAAUGAGCAUGCUAGAUAGCCAACCUACCCCCAGCUCUGACGCCACGGCCUUGCAUCAUUUAUUACUCGAAAUUAGCGCGGUCUCCGGCAAUACAUCGGGGCCUGUGACUCUUGGGGUUCAGCUUUGCUCGCGGACGGACUCGGGGGCGAUAAGCCCGUUGUCUGAAUCCUUCAGUCUGGAAAUUCCGUCCCCUGAGAGGUUCAUCAGUAUGGGUCAAACCAACAAGCUCAAGACACUGUUCACCGAGCUAGCCGCAACGGAUGUUGGUGACGGGUCCCCGAACGGGCGCCAGCUCUAUCUCAUCGUUUCAGUCCGUGCCGCGGAGACCCGACCUGCAACCGAUGCCAUACCCGCGUCAAGGUCAUCGCUAUCGCGAGAGACCUCCGCUGUACCAAAAGGAGCAGGAACUGGAAACGUGCAGCCGUCAGUCAAGGGAAGCCUGAGAACACGACGCAGUAUGAUGUGGUCAAAUAAGGCAAGGGGACAGAGCGUGGAUCAACCAGCCAAGCCUGCAUCGCAAGGAGCUCCACGCACCUCGACCAGCUCUUCCAGUAUCAAAGAGCCCGCGACCCACCAUCCUGCGCCGGCCAAGGAGGCUACCGCCAUCCGCACUAUUGGGGUAGGAAUUUUGGAAGUUUCGCCGAUUCUCCGACAGGAUCGGGACACAGAACAGGUGAUCAACAUCUGGUCUGCCGCCCGAGAUGGCGAGGAGGGCGAGAGAAUCACAGACGGUUUCGACAAGUUGAUUCGCACUCUGCUUCCCAGUCCCACUGGCCGAUAUGUUCGCUCUGAUCCGGCGGCACGUCUGCAUCUCCACCUGCGUCCCUUCUCUUGCAGCGACUCCGAAACCCUUAUUCGCCAGAACCCAACGAUCUUGCACGAUGUUGUGCAGACACGACGCAUUGGCUUCUCCAAGGCCCCUACACGACCACGAUCCGACAUUUAUGUCACCCUCUCACAGGCCGUGCUUCCCACGGACGCUCUCCUGUCUCACCCGCAAGCCGGUCAAAUUCCUCUCCAGGCGACUACCGGUCUUCAUAGCCUUCAGCUCACUCUCGAAGUGCGGGACGCUUCGGGGGCCCGGAUAGAACGAUGUGUGUUCCCGUCUUCUGGUAAUACCUCGCACACAGCUUGGCGCACUACAAUCGCCCAGCGUGGUUCGCCUUGGAAUCAGACCAUCCGUCUGAAUAUCCCCACCGAGCAAAUUCCUGGCUCUCAUAUGGUGAUGAGCGUCGCAGAUGCACCCGAAUUUCCUUUUGCUCUUGCCUGGAUGCCAUUGUGGGAUCAACAAGCUUUCAUCCGAGAUGGUCACCAUUCACUCCUCCUGCAUGCCUAUGACAAGCAAACUUCCAGUAUCGAGAACGGAAAAGGUGCUUAUUUGAAUCUGCCAUGGAGUGCACUCGGCAAGAAUGAAUCCGCCAAAGAUGAAGCAGUGACAGGUCCGUUGGCUACUCUGCGCCUUGAAACCCAUCUGUGCAGCACGGAAUAUUCCCAGGAUCAACUCAUUUUGAGUCUGCUCAACUGGAGAGAGCGGCCAGUGGAAGAAGUGCUUGAUAAUUUGAAGCGCCUACCUUUUGUGCCGGAGAUUGAGAUCGUCAAGCAGCUUAGUGGCGUGUUUGAUUCGCUGUUCGGAAUUCUGGUCGAGAAUGCUGGCAACGAGGAAUACGAAGAUCUGAUAUUUAAGAAUCUGGUCACUGUCCUGGGCAUUGUUCAUGAUCGACGCUUUAACCUUGGUCCGCUAGUGGACAGCUACGCUGAUGACCAAUUCAACUUUCCUUUCGUCACUCCAUGCCUCAUUCGCAGCUACCUGCGUCUUCUGAGCGCGGCCACCGACGUUCAUCAAUCUCGCAAUCUCCGAGCCGCCUUCAAGGUGGGACGGCAUCUGCUGAAAUUCAUCAUCAAUGCCCGUGAACAACAAAAGGUCAAGGAGGAAGGAAUCGGCAUCACCACUGUGCAGUCGACCUUCCAUCGGGACAUGCACACCAUUUUCAAGUCACUCGAGACGCUUAUGAAGAACUCUUCGGCCACCCUGGUUGGUAGCAAGACUUUAGUGGUCCAGCAUUUCCACACGUGGCUUCCCGAACUCUCCAAGGUCUUCGGCCGGGAUGAAAUGAUAAUGAUCGCUCUGAGCUUCAUGGACUCAUGCAAGGAUGUGACGGGCAUGCUUGUUCUCUACAAACUGGUUCUCAUCCAAAACUAUACUCAGUUCGAGAUCUUUGCCUCUGGCGAAGAGAGGCAGACUUUGAUCGCCAGUUGCGUGGGAUGGCUGGCUCCGUACUGGGGCUCGACCUCGAGCGUGUCCGAUCUGUAUCGUGAUCAAGUCCGGUUGAGCUGUUCAAUUGUAGCUCGCUUGCUCAGCCAACCGGACCCUCAACUUUACGAGUUUAUGCCCAGUAUCGUUGCCUCAUACUGUGCUAUCUCGACGGAGGGAGUGGAUGAGACUGAGUACCUGUCCUUGCUAUUCAGCAAGUCUUUCCCCUUCCAGGUCAAGACAUCCAAAACUCCUCAGACCUUUGAUGAAUCGCUGGUGGAGCUCUCUGCACUUAUGGCUGCUCUGGCCAAGAUUGUCUCUCCCAAGAUUCCUUCGCUCAAAGAUCUGGACCUGGCAACCUUUGUUGCCCAGACAUUGGAGGCCCAUAACUCCAUCCUCGACUGUGAAGCUUAUCCCGAAAACUGGUUCAGUAUUCACGUGUACAACCACCGCGCAACCAUCAAGAGUCUUGAGCAUAUUGGGCUACUACUGAUCGACAGGUCCCUUCCAGCGCCGGACGAUGCUGAUACAUUCGACACAAAACUCUGGGAAGCGUAUUUCACGACAUUGCUGAAGGUGAUGGCGAGCGAUGCCCUGGCUUUGGAAACCUUCCCUGAGCAGAAGCGACGAGCCGUCUGGAAGAUUGCAGGUGAUGUUCGCGAGCAGGGCGCCGACUUGCUGCACUCUACCUGGGAAGCGAUCGGCUGGGAGACUAGCGAUGAAGAGCGAGAGCGGUACGGGUUGAAGCGGCUAGGUGGAUACCAGGUCCAGUACGUUCCGUGCCUGGUGCCGCCGAUCAUUGGGCUCUGCCUCAGCGUGCAUGAGGGUCUCCGGCAUGUUGCUGUUCAUAUCCUCCGCACAAUGAUUUUGAGCGAGUGGGACCUGAACCAAGACAUCUCGAUCAUUGAGACCGAGAUCAUCUCCAGUCUGGAUUCUCUGUUCAAAACCAAGCAAAUGAGUGAGAGCGUCAGCCAGAAGAUCUUCAUCAGUGAAAUGCUGGAGCUCUUCGAAACCGACGCAACCUCGGACGAAGACCUUUCGAACGCCGUCAAGGGUCUUAUUGCAACAGUUGAUGAGCUGCUCGAUCUUUUGGUGGCUUCUCAGAGUAACGCAUCGACUCAGAGCCUUCACGCUUUGAAACUCAUGGAGUACAUGAAGGACAUGGGCCGUGAGGAUAUCUUCAUCCGUUACGUUCACGAACUAGCCGAAUCCCAGGCGGCAGCAGGAAACUUCACAGAGGCCGGUCUGGCGCUCCAAUUCCACGCUGAUCUAUAUGAAUGGGAUUUCGCCAAGUCUGUGCCAGAGCUCCUUACGCCGGCUUUCCCGGCGCAAAGCGCAUUCGAACGAAAGGAGGCUUUGUACUUUUCUGUCAUUCAGCACUUCGAGAAUGCCAUGGCCUGGGCGCCUGCUCUGGCUUGCUACAAGGAGCUUGCUGCUCAUUAUGAGAACACGACUAUGGACUUCGCUAAGCUCUCCCGAGCGCAGAGCUCCAUGGCUCGAAUUUAUGACUUGGUUGCUAAGGGCGGCAAACAAUUCCCUCGAUACUUCCGAGUGGUCUACAAGGGUCUUGGAUUCCCUCCCAGCCUACGUGACAAGGAGUUCAUCUUUGAAGGGUCCCCGACAGAGCGCAUGGCCUCCUUCGUGGAUCGGAUGCAGCGAGAGCACCCCACCGCACAGAUCAUGUCCUCCAGCGAGAUUUCAGACUACGAGGGCCAGUUCCUCCAGAUCAGUGGCGUCAGUGCCCAUCGCGAGGUGUCUCACCCUGUUUACCAGCGAUCCAAGGUGCCGCAAUCCGUUCGCGAACAUCUUCUGAUUUCCGAUCCCUUGCGCUUCUCUUCCACCUCGCGAAGACACACGGGCAGCUCGGACGUCCGCGAGCAAUGGGUGGAGAAGUUCAUUUUCACCGUGUCUGAGCCAUUCCCGAACAUCCUCCGCCGCAGUGAGAUCGUCUCUGUCCAGGAGGUUGCCCUGUCUCCUCUGCAGACUGCCAUCGAGCGGACAUGGCGGAAGACGCAGGAGCUACAGCUUCUUGAGCGUCGCGCAGCAUCCGGCGAGGAUAGCAACCUGUCGAGUCUGACAGAGGCUCUCGAGCAACUGCUAGAGAUGGGGUCGUCGUCCGCCAACUGCGUGGCAUCAUAUCGCCGUUUCCUUUCGGGGGCCCAGGGUGAGAAGCAGUCUGAGGCAGAAGACGAGGACCUUGUAGACCCGCUGGACGAACCGCAAGAAGCAUCUGAACCCGCGGAUCCCAUGGAAAAUGCACUUGCAGUGGCCCUCAUCGACCACGCCUUGGCCAUCAAACAUGCGCUGUCCCUUUUCCAGCGUCCUGCUCAGCAAGCCACGCAAACCGAGUUGCUCCGGCGCUUUGAGGAAACCUUUGAGCCCGAACUAGCGUCACUUGCUUCGUCUCCGGCAGAGAACCAGUCGCCAACGCCCACACAACCGGUCCGCCAGUCUCCCAUGUCGUCGGAGAUCCGUCAAAACCAGGUGGCCCAGCGGUCUGUCAGCCCCGAGCAAGAGCUCAUCCGAUCCUCUCGUGGAAACACUCACUCCCGCAAACGCUCUGAACGGCAAUCGGCCAGCCAUCGGAUCAGCAUCAUCAACCCGUUCAAGCGAUCCCAUGGCGCAUCCAAUUCCAUCUUCACGAUCCAGCAAGCAGAUCCCAAGGGCCAGGGCGCUUCGGGUGAGCAAGAGGAAGCGGAUGACGACACCGCUACGAUCCAUAGCCGCGCAACCAGCCGUUCGCGUGGUGGACGGAGCGAGAAACGACGCAGUUGGUUCGGGGGUGAGAAGGCCUACAAACAUGGCUCUUCCCCGUCCGUUGCCAACGCAGGUGACGAAACCCAGACAACAUCCCUGAAGAACAAACCCUCUCGCAAUGCCUCCCGCGACACCGCUGCCCACUCCCACGACAGUCGUAGUCGCACAGGCUCCCAGCACCGAAGUCCGACCGCCACUGGCUCUGGUGCCCCCUCCGAUCGACCAGCCCCCGCCUCGAGUGGCGGCUGGUCUACCCUCCCAUCCACUCGCGACUAUUCUCGCCCGGUGACGCGAGAAAGUAACCAGGCCGGACGUGACAGUAUGACGACAAAUGGGACCCGGAUGUCCCAUCCCAACGCCCAUGCCAAUGCCAACGCCAACGCCAAUAGUGGUGUGCGAGAUUCGGUCUUCCGACGGCUGAGCCUGCUCAAAGGGGUCGGCCGCAAGAGCAGCCGGAUGGAUUUCAAAGCCAACGGCACGCUCCCGGAGGACCAUACCUUCGGCCCAGCCAGAAAAAUGAGCUCCGGCAAUGGCACACUCCAGCCCAGUGAACGCACGACGCUGCUCGGUGGCACAGCUCAGUCCCUGUCGGGUCUCACGCCCCACGACCAGCGCGAGCAUCUGCACCAUCACCACCAUCCCAAGGACGAUCGGAUCUGGGUGCGCUGGCCGCUGCAGGUCGUGCAUCUGACCUGGUUGACGCUGGUGCGCGACUACGUCAACUUGCUGCUCGUCUUUGUCCCAUUGGGUAUCAUCGCUGGCCUCCUCCAUUGGAAUGCUACCGCCGUCUUUACCUUCAAUUUCUUUGCCAUUAUCCCGCUCGCCUCGCUGCUGAGCUUCGCCACCGAGGAGCUGGCCGCGACGAUGGGUCAGGCCCUCGGGGGCCUGAUGAAUGCAACUUUUGGAAAUGCCGUUGAAUUGAUCGUCAGCAUCAUUGCGCUCAAGGAUAACCAGGUCCGCGUGGUCCAAGCCAGUAUGCUUGGAAGCAUCCUGUCUAAUAUUCUCUUGGUGUUGGGCUGCUGCUUCUUCGUCGGUGGCCUGUGCUACCCGGAGCAAAGCUUCAACAGCACCGUGGCGUCGACCAUGUCGUCGCUGAUGGCGGUGGCCUCGGCAUCGCUGAUCAUUCCGGCCACACUCUACGCCGCUCUGUCCCAGUCCUCCCGGACCAACCAGGACGCCCAGAGCAACAUCCUCAUCCUGUCGCACGGUACCUCGGUCAUCCUGCUCCUCAUUUAUGUGAUGUACCUCUACUUCCAGCUGCGGUCGCACUCGCACCUCUUCGAGGAAACCAAUGGCAGCGACACCGAGCAGGCUGGCGGCGCCGAAGAGGAAGAAGAGGAAGAAGAGCGUCUGCUUAACCCGUGGGCUGCGACAGUGGUGCUGGUCAUUGUCACCAUCCUCGUCGCCAUCUGCGCCGAUUACUUGGUCGGCAGCAUCGACAGCAUCGUGCAGACCACCGGCAUGAGCAAGACCUUUAUUGGUCUGGUGUUGAUCCCCAUCGUUGGCAACGCCGCCGAGCACGUCACCGCUGUGGUCGUCGCCUACAAAGAUAAGAUGGACCUGGCCAUCGGUGUCGCCAUCGGCAGCAGUCUGCAGAUCGCCCUCUUUGUCACUCCCUUCCUGGUCAUUCUCGGCUGGAUCAUGCACGUAGAGAUGACCCUGCACUUCCAGACCUUCGAGACAGUCGCCUUCUUUAUCUCCGGGCUGGUUGUGACCUUGCUCAUCCAGGAUGGCAAGUCGAACUACCUGGAGGGCGGCAUGUGCUUGGGAAUGUACCUCAUUCUCGCCCUGGCUUUCUACGUCUACCCCGAUGACGUGGCCGAUGGCGCCGCCGGUGUGCUGGGCACGCUUCGGAGCUGA